UCAAACAAUAGAAGACAGUCAGGGAUAGAUCGCACAUUGUCGAUAUAUAUAUUUAGAUUAGAGUCAAAUGCAGUAGAUCUUAUAAUCAUAUAUCAAUCCUACUCGUAUUUAUUCCAGAAUAAAGAUAGGAUUAAAAAAAGAGGAAGUCGGAUUUAGCAAUUAGUGAAGUGUGUGACGUGUCCUUACAGCCAUCUUAUGAGAAAUAUGCUUUAAAAUCAAGGAAAAGUAGAACUUAUUUAGAUAUUUAAGGAAAUCCAGACAUUGACAUCACGGAGAUGUCUGACAAUAGGUCUGUGCACCAGUCUAACUACCGUGGCUGGCUGUACAAAUGGACGAAUUACCUGAGAGGCUACCAGAAGCGCUGGUUUGUUCUGCAAAAUGGACUGCUCUCCUACUACAGAAACCAGGCAGAAAUGGCACACACAUGCAGAGGUACAAUUAACCUUGCUAAUGCCUACAUUCACACAGAGGAUUCCAACACAAUUGUCAUCUCCAACAGUGGUACUCAUACGUUUUAUCUCAAAGCCACUUCAGAGGUGGAGCGACAGAAAUGGGUGACAGCCUUAGAACUGGCCAGGGCUGAUGCCAUCAAGCUCUCUGAACCUGCAGACAGUGAUGAAGAGGUUGAACCAGAGCCUGAUAAAAAUGAGUUGCACAACAUGGUGAAGACCUUGACAGCCAAACUGGAGGAUAUGAACACCUGCAAUGAUUUGAUUGCCAAACACGGAAGUGGUUUACAGAGAACGUUGACGGAGCUGGAGUCCAUGGAGAGCCAUAAUGAGGCUGGCAGUAAAUUAAAAGUCAUCAGUGAAAGGGCGACCAUGUUUAGGAUCACCACUAAUGCUAUGAUUAAUGCGUGUGGGGAGUACCUGGAUGUGGCCCAAGCUCAGGUAAAGCGGUUACAGAAGAUUGUGAAUUAUGAACACGAACAGAGAAUGAAACUAGAGGAAAUGGUGGAGCAACUUGCAAAAGAGCAGGUUACCUUGGAAACAAAAGCCAAACAAUCCAUGGGACAUGUCCAACAUAAGAAAGUGAAAGGUCCAGCGGGGUCAGAUGAGGAAGACUUCUUUGAUGCUUUAGAUUAUCAGGCAGAAGAAUUUGAAGUUGCUCUCCCACAUCUUCAAACAAAACACAGACGGACAGACAGUAACAUCAGUUUUGACAGCCAGGCUGAUGAGAGGAGCAGUGAUCUUAGUAGUGAAGCGGAAGAGUCGGAGGGACAGGAAGCACUUGUAUACUCCCAUAAAUCCAAACAGGGAUCUCCUAAACAGGCAGUUGCUAGUGUGAAAUCCCAGCAAAAGAAAAAUGCCCAAAGUGAUGUGAAAAAGAAUGGAGAAACUCACUUGGUGGCAGCUAAAACCCCAAAAGUCCCCAAAGGAGCUCGAGUUCGACGAUCAGCGGUCCCACUCAAAGCUAAUUACAGUCUGAAUCUCUGGAGUAUCAUGAAAAAUUGUAUAGGGAAGGAUCUCUCAAAAAUCCCUAUGCCUGUAAAUUUUAGUGAGCCAUUAUCCAUGCUGCAGCGUUUGACUGAGGAUUUUGAGUACUCGGAUUGCUUAGAUCGGGCGGCGGCGUGCGAGGAUGCAGCUGAACAGCUGGUUCAUGUGGCUGCCUUUACGAUCUCUUCUUACUCCACAACAACAAAUCGAACCACAAAACCAUUCAAUCCUCUGCUGGGAGAAACAUACGAGUGUGAUCGCUUAGAUGACCUUGGAUGGAGGUCAUUUGCAGAACAGGUCAGUCAUCAUCCACCCACCGCCUCGCAGUAUACAGAGGGCAAUGGAUGGGUACUUUGGCAGGAAUUCACAAUGGGGAGCAAAUUUCGAGGAAAAUAUCUCCAAAUUAUUCCUCUUGGUAUAGCCCACCUAGUAUUCAAAAAGUCAGGAAACCACUACACGUGGAGAAAGGUCACAACAACUGUCCACAACAUUAUUGUCGGAAAGUUAUGGGUGGACAAUCACGGUGAAAUGGAUAUAACCAAUCACAAAACGCAAGACAAAUGUCAUCUCAAGUACUCUGCAUACAGUUAUUUCUCAAGAGAGAUUCCACGAAAGGUGACCGGGGUAGUUACGGAUCAGGAUGGUGGUGCCAAGUGGGUCUUGACAGGGACAUGGGACAAACGAAUGGAGGCUGCCAAGGUGGUGCACAUUGAUGAAUCCAAUAAAGGAAAACCUGUGUUUGAGACAGGUCCACAUGUGUGUAUCUGGGAGAAGAGACCAUUGCCGCCAGGGGCAGACAAGAUGUAUAACUUCACAACAUUAGCUGUGACACUGAACGAACCCGAGGAAGGCUUGGCCCCCACAGACAGUCGACUGAGGCCUGAUCAGCGUGCAAUGGAGGAUGGAAAGUGGGAUGAUGCAAAUAAACUGAAAUUGCAGCUGGAAGAGAAACAGAGGGCAGCAAGGAAAAAACGAGAGGCAGAGGUGGAGGAGGCAAGCAAAAGAGGAGAAUCCGUCAAGGGGUACCAGCCAGUAUGGUUUGAAAUGAAACAGGACCCCAUCACAGGAAGUCCAAUUCACAUGUAUAAAAAACAAUACUGGGGAUGUAAGGAGAAAUCUGAUUGGUCAAUCUGUCCCAACAUCUUCUUAUAGCUGUUGUGAUAUGUAGAACUCUAAAUACCAAAACAAUCUCCUGAUGUAACAUGACAAGUGAUGAGAAAAUUGUGAUAUGAAGUACAAAAAUAAUGUCAAUUUCUUCGUAUUGAUAACAACUGUUUUACUUUUUUUGCCACUGAUGAGUAUAGUGGUACAUUUGUCAAGUGAGAGAGAGAGUGUGAGAGAGAGAAUAAUAAUGUAUAAAAGCAAUACUAAAUGCUACCUUCUAACCCCUCUAUUUUGUCUUUAUACAUUUCAUUCAGUUCAAUGUUCAGUUUGGUGCCAUAAAUUUGGUGUACAUUUUAAAGUUUCAAUAUAGUAAUAUUCCUUAUUUUCCCUGUUCAGUUUAUAGUUUUGUAAAUUUUUUUUUUUAUUUCCAACAUUCCUUUUAUGCCUUUUUUUAUUUUAUUUUUCUUGUAUAUUUUUCUUGAUAAUUUAUUCAUCAUCUGUUCCAAGUUUUGAUUAUAUGCUAUAGCCACUUGUUAGCAGUGUUGUAUUCAUCGCUGUGGCUCAGCGUACUGUGAGCCGUAGCAAAUAUUUAUUAUGCAAUGGACAAUUCUACUGGUCAAUGCUGUGUCAUAAGUAUGGAAUUCUAAACAAUGUUUUCAUCACUCGAUGUUUUUAUCACUUAGGCUUCAUGAAAAAUGACUUUAGAAACAGUGAAAUUAUGUAUGUCAAGUAUUGACAACUGAUGUCAAGUACAGUUUGACGUAGUUUUACUGCAUGAUGGGAUUGGAUGUUGCAGUCACAUGAUUUAUUGAAUUAAUGAAUGUGUACACAUGUAUAUAUUUAAAGGGGCAUUAACUGUAAUUUUGUCACCAAAAAUUGAAUUCAAUGAAAAUUGCUCUAUGUUAUAUAUUUCAGUAAUAACACCAGUAUUUAAUUAUUUCAAAAAGCAGGCAGAUGAUUAUGUAAUUUUUGUGAUUAAAUAAUUAUUAGCUUCGUUAUAUAUUUCUUUACAUUAAAAGCUGUUAUCUAAUGUAGUUUUAUUAGGAUUAUCUAGUUUUUGUACAAAAUGUUUUUAUUAGUCAUUGAUAUAUUUAUUCCUAUGCCACUGAGAGAUUUUGAAACAAAAAAUGGUUGCCAUCACUUUCACAGCUAAUGCUCCUUUAAGAAAAGAAGGCUUGAAUAUUUGAGGUAUGUAGAAAAAAAGGCAUCAGUAGCUGACAAUAUUGCCAAAUCGUACUGAUAUGUUUCACUAGGUGUGUACUAUCUGUGCUGGGUGUGUGUUAUCAGUGUAUGAGGGAAACAUUCUUCAUUUUGUAAAAUUUUCAUGUUUGUUGUACAGAGAUCCUAUAGUAAUUUGAGUGCUCUUUGAUACAUUAGCAUUUUGUUGUUUGUUUUACUGCUAAUAUAUUUUAGAGUAGUUGUAAGAGAAAGCCUUUGAAUGUACAUGUAUUUGAGUAAUUUUAUUUAAGUAUACCCCUUUUUGUCGGUUUAAUAUGGGCAUCCUUUUUAUUGUCUAGCUUUAUCUGUAUCAAUAUCAAGACUUCCAUAUCUAAGUUGACAGAUCAUUAGAAGUUAGUGUGGGUUUUUGAGGGAAAAUUGAAGUUGAUAUUUUUUUUGAGGAUUCGCAUACUGUGUGUGUGUGUGUGUAGACUAUUAAAGUUGUUCAUUUAAGUAAAAGAAAAUGGGAUAAAAUACAGAGUAAAUCAGUUCUUAUUGGUUGUAUAAUUGAUGGCUAUAUAUUAUAAGUACAUAUCCCCCCUGCAAUAAACUUUUUUUUGUCAUAAUAGUUGAAAGUUUUGUGAAGAUAGUAAUGCCUUUUUUUUUUUUUUGGCAUGAAUUCCUUGUCGAGCAUGGGUAAAAUAUAUAUAGAAAUGUGUCUUGAAGACUGUCAAAAUUAGAACUGUGUAUUGGUGAAUGUCAGAUUAUAGAAUUGUGUAUUGGAGAAUGUUGGAUCAUAGAAUUUUGUACUUGAGAAUGUUGGAUUAUAGAAUUGUGUAUUGGAGAACGUUGGAUUAUAGAAUUUUGUACUUGAGAAUGUUGGAUUAUAGAAUUGUGUAUUGGAGACCGUUUGAUUAUAGAAUUUUGUACCGAAGAACAUCAGAUAAUAGAAUUGUGUUUUGGAGAAUGUCAUUUGUUGAAACGUCUGACUUUUAAUGGAUGUUAUAUAACUUGCUCGCUUUUUUUACUAGUCAGUGCGUGCUUGAGUGAGUGUUGUAGAAAGUGAAGGCCCUGUGGUGAUCAGUUUUUAUUGGUCAUGUCGGGUUUAAAAACUGUUUGUUAAAUUAAACAUAAAACAUCAAUAA